AUGGCUACAACUAUUGAUAUUGAUAUAACUGAUAUCAUUCAAAAUAAUCCAUUAUUAGAUGAAGCAAUAUUAUCAGAUAUAAUAAAAAAGUUUGACGUUCUCAUACCAAAUACAGAUGAAUUUGAAUCAUUUGAUUCAACAAAAAUUAUUGGAAGACAGCUGAAAUCAGAAUCAUUUAAACCGUUACCGCAGCUGCUUCCAAAAGAAGAUGGUAUUUUACCUUGGCUUAGUACAUACUGGGAAUGGUAG